AUGAUGAAGCUCCUGCCCAUUGCCCCUGUCCUCCUGCUUCUUCUGACAACGCUGGAAGCCAGACCAAAAUCUGCAGCCCUGAAGUGCAGGACGGGUCCCCUGGACAUCGUGUUUGUGAUCGACAGCUCCCGCAGCGUGCGCCCCUUCGAGUUCGAGAUCAUGCGGAGGUUCAUGAUGGACAUCAUCGGCAGCCUGGACGUGGGCCCCAACGCCACGCGGGUGGGGGUGAUCCAGUACUCCAGCCAGGUGCAGAACAUCUUCUCCCUCAAGACCUUCUUCACGCGGGAAGACAUGGAGAAGGCCAUCAACGGCAUCGUCCCGCUGGCCCAGGGCACCAUGACAGGGCUGGCCAUCCAGUAUGCCAUGAACGUGGCAUUCAGCGUGCAGGAGGGCGCACGGCCCCCGCACAAGCGGAUCCCCCGCAUCGCCAUCGUCGUGACGGACGGACGGCCCCAGGACCGCGUCGCCGAGGUGGCCAGCCAGGCCCGGAACGCUGGCAUCGAGAUCUACGCCGUGGGCAUCCAGCGGGCAGACAUGAACUCGCUGCGGGCCAUGGCCUCGCCGCCGCUGGAGGAGCACGUCUUCCUGGUGGAGUCCUUCGAGCUCAUCCAGCAGUUCGCAAAGCAGUUCCAGGACAAGCUCUGCGGAGUGGACAUGUGCAUGGAGCAGGAGCAUGGUUGCCAGCACACCUGCAUCAGCACCCCUGGCUCCUUCUACUGUGAAUGCAAUCCUGGCUACAGGCUCAACGUGGAUGGAAAGACCUGUUCCCCCAUCGAUGCCUGUGCAGAUGGGAGACAUGGCUGUCAGCACCUCUGUGUCAGCACUCGUGGGUCAUACUCAUGCCACUGCCACAUGGGUUACUACCUCAACCAGGACAGAAGAAGCUGCUCUAUGAUCGAUUACUGCAGCUUUGGAAACCACAGCUGCCAGCACGAGUGCGUGAGCAUCCCCCAGGGGCACUACUGCCGCUGCCGCAGUGGCUUCACGCUGCAGCCUGACGCCAGGUCCUGCAGGGCCACUGACCUCUGCAAUGGGGUGGAUCAUGGCUGCGAGUUCAAGUGUGUGAGCACGGAGGGCUCCUACCGAUGCAUGUGCCCUGAGGGCCAGCAGCUCCAGGCUGAUGGCAAAGCUUGCAGCAAAUGCGGGUCUGGACAUGUUGACCUGGUGUUGGUGAUCGACGGCUCCAAGAGCGUCCGGCCCCAAAACUUUGAGCUGGUGAAGCAGUUUGUGAACCGCAUUGUGGACCUACUGGAGGUGUCCCCCCAUGGCACACGGGUGGGGCUGGUGCAGUACUCCAGCCGCGUCCGCACGGAGUUCCCCCUCAACAAGUACCACAGUGCAGAUGAGAUCAAGAAGGCAGUGAUGGAGGUGGAGUACAUGGAGAAAGGAACCAUGACAGGCCUUGCCCUCAAGCACAUGGUGGAGCACAGCUUCUCUGAGUUGGAAGGUGCCAGACCUCUCUCCCACAACAUCCCCAGAAUUGGACUCGUCUUCACAGAUGGGCGCUCCCAAGAUGACAUCUCUGAAUGGGCCAGGAGAGCAAAGGAGUCAGGGAUCGUUAUGUUUGCUGUGGGUGUUGGCAAGGCUGUGGAAGAGGAGUUGAGAGCAAUCGCCUCUGAGCCCGUGGAGCAGCACUUCUCCUACUCAGCAGACUUCACCACCAUGACCAACCUCGUGGAGAACUUCAAGCUGAACAUCUGCCCAGAGGAAGGCAAAGGAGUGACGGAGAUCCGCAGCCCAUGUGAGUGUGAGGCGCUGGUGCAGUUCCAGACAAACACUGUGGCCAUCCUGCAGAGCCUCACUGAGAAAAUUGCUCAGAUGACAUCCAGACUUGAGGACUUGGAGAAGCAGCUUACUCACAAGAAGUGA